AUGAUUCCGGUUCCACUGCUGUCGUGCUUCACAGGCAAUGACGGAAAUGGAUUCUUCGGAGAUUGGUUCUUCGAUCCCAACCUUUGGGUGAACGGCCUAAGUAAGAUGGCCACGAUAGCUACUGGUUUUUCCAACGUCAUUGGCAUGAGCCUUAGAAACGAGCUUCGUGGCCCAAGAUCAAAUGUAGACGAUUGGUACAAGUACAUGCAACAAGGUGCAGAGGCAGUGCAUGCGGCGAACCCAAAUGUCCUGGUUAUCCUUUCAGGACUGGACUUUGACAAAGACGUUUCUUUCCUCCAGAGCAGAUCUAUCCAGGUCUCAUUCAUGAGGAAGCUCGUGUUUGAGGUUCACUGGUACAGUUACAAUGAGGCCGGGUGGACGGCUGGAAACCUUAACGAUGUGUGCGGGAAAAUGUCUAGUAGAGUCAUGGGCAGGGCUGGCUUCCUCGCCCAAAAGAACCUCAGCCCAUUGUUUCUAAGUGAGUUUGGGGUGGAUGCCCGUGGGACCAAUGCGGACGACAACCGGUACCUGAGCUACAUCAUGGCCAUGGCGGCGGCAGGGGACUGGGACUUUGCUGUGUGGGGACUCCAUGGGAGCUACUUUCUCAGGGAAGGUAUGGUGGGUAUGGAGGAGCUCUACGGGCUGUUGGACUAUAACUGGAACAACGUUCGAAACCGACCUUAUUGA